AUGAAUAUAAUAAAUACUCCAAGAAUAUUUUCGUUCUUACUAUUCAUAUUGUACGAUCUCAUAAUAAAUGUUAAUGCCACGGAAAUAACAAUAGAAGUAGGAAAUAACGCGUUCGUUUUCAGUCCGCAAACUGUUAUUGCCAGUAUUGGUGAUAAGAUAACUUGGAGAUGGCAUGGAACCAAAUACACAGUAACCGAAGCCGAUGCCCAGGGAUCUUGCAUAAAAUCCACAAAGCGGAAUGACUUUGAUUUCGUCGGACAAGCUAACAAUGAGGUACACUCUUUUGUGAUCCCUGCGAACUCUCCCAAUCGACUUUUCUACUUUGACCAAAACAACUGUGCUAAAGGAAUGUAUGGCAUCAUAGAUGUCAAUUCCAUAAUUUUCCUACCAUCUCCAAAACCAAUCCCCACAGUUUCGUCAUCAUCUCAAAAUUCAACCUCCACAGUUUCGUCAUCAUCUCAAAAUCCAACCUCCACAGUUUCAUCGUCGUCUAAAAAUUUAACCUCCACAGUUUCAUCGCUGUCAACCCUCACAGAAUCAAUAUCUCCCACGAAAUUAAUAGCUUUCACGCGAUUAAUAACUUCCACGUUAAAACCGAACUUUCCGGCUACAGCCAAACUUUCAAAUGCGGGAGGUUCGGAAAACAAGACAUCGAUAGUAGUAGUGUUAGCAACUAUUGGAGUUGUACUUAGUCUAGUGAUAUGUGGUGCAGCGGUCAUGAUUUCUCAUCGCGGUAAAAAAAAGUCAACCAAUAGGUUAAAUAACAAUGUCCCAGGUAUGGGACGGUUCGGAGGAAAUAACAUUGAUAGGGGAGAUGUGAUAGAUGCCAAUGAAAAUAUUUUAUCUUCAACGCCGCGGCCCACGGUUUCUACAACGAAUAGGAAUUUAUCAUCACAUUCUAGAAGUCCUCCAUUAAGAAAUAACAAGCCAAUUUCGCAUCCAGUAGAACAUGUAAACUCUAUGGCAAACAUUUCACCGUUUGAUGAAAUAAUGUGGAAAAAUCGACCAAGCAUCCCGUUGUCAGUUGUACAGAGGAAUUCCAUGACGAUGCCAACGCCGAUGAGAAAUAUACCACCGAAUAAUACACCACCACAUUCGCUAUCAUUUACGCCAAAUGUUUAUAGGUACAAUUCUUAUAGUGAUCUGGCAAGAAACUCAAGAAAUGAGAGGUUCAGAAGCAUUCGUUCAAUAUGGAACGAUCACGACCCAGUAAAUAACGAAAUGGGAGGUGGUGAUAAUGUUGUAAGAACACGACCAUCGAAUAGAUCUUUGGCAUCGCCAAUACCGGAAGGGGGUGAUGAAAGAGAGAAGGAAACAGUUCAAAUUAAUGGUAUUACAAGGGUAGUUUCAGAUCCAGAGAAGAUGCGAAGAUUGGUUGCAAGAAAGAUGAUUUCUCAGAUGGAUGCGGAUCAAUAA